AACCUACGAUGGCGAGCGGUUCCGUUACGAUAAAGAUCUGCCGCUGUUGUCUGGAAAACCAAGCCGAAUCGGUCGGACUUUUCACAACGUUAGAUGAGUUUCAAAACAAAAUAUGCGACCUGCUGCUGGAGUGCGGUGGGAUUCCGGUUUCCGAAGAGGAUUGCUUUCCCAAGUACAUUUGUGCGGUAUGCCUGUGGGAUCUGUGCACUGCCGUACGCUUCAGGAUGCGAUGUCUCAAAUCGCAAGAGGUUUUGCAAAAGGAGCAAUUUGUCGUGGAAGAAUUGCAGCAAGCGGAUGUCGCAGGUCCAGUAUUGGAGCAGGAUAUUUUAACGGAGUUAAAUGUAAAUAUAACCGAUGAUUUUACAUCCGGAGAAAAUUCUGAAGGUAAAGUCGACCAUAAUUUUAAAGACCCUGGCGAUGUAAAGGAAUCUAUUGAAAAACUUCUGUAA